GCCGAUUGCACGUUAAUCUUAUUGGCGCAACAAUGUAUGCACAGUCCCGCUUUUCGGUAACGAGCGUCGUCCCGCGUGGCUGCAGAAAAUCGAGGGACGCACUGAGCCAGCUGGGCACCGAGGUGGGCGUACACGAGUUCGUCGCCUACUGGAACCACGGCGUCCGUCACCACGCCGUUUUGGACGUGCACGAAAGCCGGUCCAGCGGCGUCGGGGGCGUGCGUUCGUCCUUCGCUUUGCUCAAGGCGUUCAAGUUUCUACAGCACGCACAUGUGGAAAACGGUAGCCUCAAUGCGGCGAACAUCUUCCUCGGCUGUUCGACGAUAUUGUACGAGGAUAGUUUACUGCACAAAAGUCUCACCGAUGAAUUAAGUCUCCUCCCCGUGGACGUCUUGAUCCUCACCACUCACUUGAUGGCGUCCGAGGACAGCGGCAGAGUAGUCGUUCCCCCCACUGCCCUCAGGUCUCCGGAAGGACGCCACCCGCCGGCCAUUUUGGACGUGGCGCAUCACUUAUCCGAGGCCGAGUACCUGAGCCCAACCGCCACUGUUUGCUUUACGCUCACUAUGGCGGUGCUGGCCUACGAUGUGUCCUGGAAAACCCGCAUUGGAGCGUUCUGCGACAAAGGACCCGUGCGAGUGCCCAUAAAAGAGGUGUGCAGGCAUCAGAACUACCCGCAAGAUAUCAAGUACGGAAAUGGCACAGCAAUCGCUCGGUUCCACUCUACGACGAAGAAGCGCCUUUACCUGUUCGACACGAAAGACAGCUUUCGCUUCAAGAUGUGCGCGCUCCGCAACAUGUUCCCCGAGCUCGUGCACGGCUGGGCCGUCUUCGACGUGGACCUCGCAGACUACGACGGCACGUGCAACGGAGCUCCGAGAAGCUUCGAUCGUGUACGCGCCAUUCGCGAAACCUUCAACGAGUACCUCGAGCUCGGCCAGGAAUGGUCGCCCACGCAGCCGUGCUGAACCUGUCUGCUCUCCUGAUCGUGCUCGGAAAAAAAAUUGUCUCGGAAAGUCGUCACCUAUACUCCCAGCGUGUCCGUAUUAACACGGCAGCCAGCCGCAUUAAUAGAAUCCAUUUGGUAUUCAUGAUUUCGAGGCCACGACAAUUCGCUCCAUCUUGUGCAUAAUAUAGAGAUCGACCUGCAUUGAGCGCUGUGUACGCGCGUAGCUAAGUGUCUGCGCCAGCUUGCGCAUCUCGGUGUAUCCGUACGCGCCAAGAUGCACGCAUGCGAAUUCCUGGGAGGCCUUGAAAACACAAUCCGGGUCUAAUGACCCCAGUAAACCUGUAGAUACAAAUCUAGAAAACUAGAAAACACAGAAAGGAG